AUGCAUGUCGAGGAACUUCUUCUAUUCAACGCUGCUGGUUUCCGAAAAGUCCCUUUUGCCGACUCUUUCUCCUUUGGAGGCAGUGCCAACGGAGAUGGUAUCUUCAUGAUAUACCAGCUCCCUUUACGGCUUCACUCUCUCAUUUAUGGCUUAUGUACCAAUGCUGACGAGGUCGGCGGUACCAAGCUGUGGACAGUGCGCAUAAGAAAUAUGGACCCUUCAGACCCGGAUGCUAUACCGAUUAUUUAUGGGCAUGGAAACGAGGAGUAUUAUGAUGCGUUUGUGUCUAUUCUCCGGGGCCUUUUUAAUACCCGUGACCGUGCAGAGCACACGCAGAAACGCAAGACAGUGUCUCAUACAUUUAGUGCUAGGUCAAUUGGACAAUUUGAACAGUACAUCCAUGCAAACCUAGAGGAAUUUGGUCGAGACGUUGCAGAGGUUCGAAAGUCUUCUGAUUGCCCUCCUACGUAUGCUCCAGCAAUUCAGGUUCUUAACAGACGUGGAGAAGUUUCUGCGACUUUAGGCAUCUUUCCUGAUCUUAAGCCUUGGGCAAAGUUUCUUCCGGAUCGAUUUUUCCGAGGUGGUCUAGAGGCAGUGGAAGAACUUGCGGGAAUUGCUGUUGCACGUGUGUCUGAGCGUCUUCAACCCGAAGUCAUGGCAAAUAAUACUCCCGUAGAUCUCCUUGCUCGCCUAAUGGAAGGGCGGGAUGAAAAUGGUGCCAAGCUUGGCCAAGAAGAGCUCACUGCAGAGGCACUCACCCAACUAAUCGCUGGAUCCGAUACUACCUCUAACACAGCUUGCGCAAUACUAUAUUGGGUUCUGAAAACCCGGGGCGUAAAAGAGAAACUCCAACAAAUUCUGGCUGAGGUAAUUCCAGCAGAUGUGGAGGUCCCGUCAUAUGCCGUGGUCAAAGAUAUCGAAUAUCUGUCAUGGGUGAUCUCUGAAACGAUGCGCAUUUACAGAACCUCAUCUCUUGGCCUUCCUACCACCAGUGAAAAUUCACAACCACGUUUUCUAUCCAGGAACCGUCCUUUCCGUCCCGGCCUACACGAUACAUCACUCAACCAGCAUAUGGGGACCCGAUCAGAGAUGGAACUGCAAUGUAUGGCCGUGACAGUUUUCAAGAACUUCGACUUUGAGGUUCGACAAGAUGGCCCGUUGGAGACAAGGGAAGGAUUUUUGAGGAAGCCCCUUGAGCUACAUGUCGGUCUGAAAAGGCGACAGCCCUGA